UGAAGCUGUGCAUGGGUAAUUUGUGUUGCUAUGUGCCGCUUCGGACCGAGGUCUGGAGGUACUGAACGGAGCUCCGCAUCCACUGUCCGCGCGUCCUCGUCCUGCACGGAGCAGGACUCUGCCGUAGACAGACUGCCUUCUCCAGAAUAUGCCUUGUCUCCAUGGUAACGGGCCUCAGGCAGACCCAGAAAAACAUCGGGCCAAACUGGUCCACUCCUGUCCAACCUACCUGAUCCUGGACUGUGCUGAAGAGGAUUUAACGAGAAUUCAAGCAAUGAAUCAUUCUUCAAAUAUUAGUCAUGUACUCAAUUAGUUCCUGUAGUUAUUUUACCAAUUAAGGUGCAUUCAAGGACCCAGAAUGCCUAAAAUACUGCUAGAAAAUUUGUUGUUUUAGUAGAUGUACUUUCUAAUCUUUUGGGAUCACAAUGCAGACUUGGACUUUGUAUACUCUCUAAAUUGUGCCCGAGAACCAGGACUGUGUUUAAAAGUUUCCCUUCCUUGAUAAUUAUGUCAGGGAUAUAUUCAGUCUCAAUUAAGGGUUCUUAAUCGAGCAGCACCAGUCCCAAACUGGACUGAAAGGAGUCCUACACCAGGACCAGGAUGCACCAGCUGUUCAGCCAGGUGCUGGGGCAGAGGGAUCUAUCCAGAGCGGGGGAUCUGUUUUCUCUGGAGGACACAGAGAUCGAAUCCUGUCUGUCUCAGGCUCUGGACCAGAUCAAGGCCAUCUCCUGCUCACCGGACUAUUUGACCAAUGACAAUGACCAGGCAGUGGUGGAGAUUUGCAUAACGCGCAUCACCACAGCCAUAAGGGAGACGGGCUCCAUCGAGCAACACAGCACGGCGCUGGUGGGGCUGUGGGAGUCAUGUCUUGAGCACAACCUCACCCCUCAAGGUGAAAACACAGAAGACACGCCGCAUGCCAAGAUAGCGUCCGACAUCACCAGCUGUAUCCUGCAGAACUACAGCUGUCCGUCAGUCAUGGUGCUGGCCGUCCCGGUAGCAGUGCGGUUCCUGCAGCGAGGGAACAGGGAGCUGAGCAGGAACAUGUCCAGUUAUCUCUCCCUGGCUGCUAUCGCCAAAGCCGAUCUGCUGGCUGAACACACGGAGGCCAUAACGCUCAGCGUGCUGGGAGGUAACCACAUGUUGUUACGGGUGUUACCCUCAGUUUACCCCAGACAGCCAGAUACCAUCCACUGUCACCUAGGCAACCUCACCGCGAUGAUGUCUCAGCUGGAGUCCCCAGAGCAACAACACCUCAUCAGACUGAUUCAAAUUGUUGCCGAGCAACAUCCACUAAUGUUGAGCCCUCAGGUGCCUACGCUAGUCAGUUAUCUAGGAGACCAAUCCCUGACUGAGGCCCUGUUGGGUGCGCUCGUGGACGUGUCACAGGCCAGCCCUUCCUCGCUGGUCAGCUUCCUGCCAGCGCUGAGGAUUGUGGGACAACAAUGCCCUGCUCUCCUGGGUCCUGUGGCCAAAAUCCAUGGUGCCGUCGGUAUCAUUAGUGAGACUCAUGCACACAGCUCGUUGGUCUACCUGGUGUCCUGUCUAGGCAGCAUGGAGCACAGCUUUCACCACACACUGCUGCUGGAGAUCAGAGCUCUGACAGACCGCUACCCGUCUUUACUGGGAGGCUGCGGUAAAGACAUCUACAGGAUGAGCAACUCGUUCACUGCUAUAGCCCGACUGCUGGGGAGGAGACUGGAGGAGAGCACGGCCAUGCACUGCAGGGUGGACGAGGCAUGCCCGCCGUCUCCCUGUGCAUCUCUUCCAGGGGGAGGGAGGGCAUCAGAGCAGCGGCUGCAAGUGAAAAUUCAGGCCUUUGAGGAGAAAAUGGGGGAGGAGGGGGUGGAGGAGGAGGUGGAGGAGGACUCUCCUGCCCCCCAGCGUCGCUACAGCCUGAGCCAAGCCGUCAGGGAGGAGAGACGAGAAAUGAGAUUCAGCAGGUCAAAGAGCCUGGCCCUCCACGCUGUGCGCUCCCGCUCCAUCAACUCAGACACCGGGGAGGACGGUGAGGGCCUGGAGCCAAACCCGGACAACAUCAUCUCCAACACAUUGGUGAAAUUGCACUCAGAAAACCAGGAAGCACCACCCACUGAAAGAAAACUGAUAGGUGACGGCUCGAUGCCUGUCUCUGCUGUCCUGGACAGAGGGUUCAAAGAGGCUGAGAAAGGUCAAAGCAAAGAGAAGGAUGGAGAGACGGAGGAGCAGGAGGACGCUGACAGACUCUUCAUCCAUUUAAGAGACAACAUGGAGACGAUCAGAGAGUUCUGUAGAGACAUGGUGCGGCAGAUCCCCAUACCAGAGCAGUGUGUGAUAGACGAUUCAAAUCGAGGAUGUGUGGCCAAGCUGUCGUUCUCCUGUCCUCUUAAGGGCCACUACUGUCUGUACGCUAAGUCCUGUUUCAACCUGACCAGCCGACAGCCUCAUCUUUGGAUACACAUCAUGCUGCUACACCUACAGAGUAAAUCCAGUGUUGCCCUGUGCUCCAGAGAUGAGUGUGUCCAGAGGCUCGCCUCCCUCUGGGAGAAGACUCAGCUAAAAGGAGCUCACAGCUUCCCCAUGGCUAUGACACAGCACACCACGCCACACAGAAAGGACAUGGACAGUCUCCAGAUUCAGCUGGAGGAGGUGCGUUUCUUUGAUCUGUUUGGCUACAGUGAGGAAGAGGGAGGAUGGCUCUGCUUCAUGUGUAACAACCCUGAGAAGGCCACAGUUGUGAACCAGGAGGGACAGCCUCUCAUCGAGGGGAAGCUGAAGGAGAAGCAGGUCCGCUGGAAGUUCAUCAAGCGCUGGAAAACGCGCUACUUCACCUUGGCAGGAAACCAGCUACUCUUCCGGAGAGGCAAAUCAAAAGACGAGCUGGAUGACAUCCCUAUUGAGCUGAGCAAGGUCCAAAGUGUCAAGCUGGUAGCCAAGAAGCGGCGUGAUCGCGGUCUGCCACGAGCCUUUGAGAUCUUCACUGACAGCAAGACAUACGUGCUGAAAGCUCAGGAUGAGAAACAUGCUGAGGAGUGGCUGCAGUGCAUCAACGUGGCCGUGGCUCAGGCCAGAGAGAGGGAGAACAGAGAGGCGACCACCUACCUGUGAGAGCAACGGCAACACAGUCAGCUGACGAGGACACAUAUUGUACAUGUGCGGACUAUUGCAAACUCAUGCAUACACAAACACUGUGUGAUGUUACUACACACUAUGCUGAGUACUAUUUUGUUUAGCUGUACACAACAACAUCCACUGCCAGUAGCAUAACUUUAUAUCUGUCAUUGGGAGCAUACAACGCCUGUCAGAAACAAACAAAAACUCAUGCAGUAUUUUUUUUCAAGACUUGAAAUAAACCAGCAAUAAAAGGCUGUAUGGUGUUUAUCCAACCAGAAUGAAGGAUGGUUACACCAUGGACUUGCGAUCCAUCUACAGCUGUGGACCAUCAUAAAUGUGUGUUACAGUACAUAAGUGUUAAAGACUGAAGUUUCACCUGACUGGAUCAUACAGCGCGGAACUUUCAACUUCCUCCGCUCGAGCCCAGACAUGACUGCGAGCAAACAAAACCAGCAUCUGUGGAAACUUGGGAUUUCUGGGUUUAAUGGUGCAUGAUGAUUGAGAUGAAUUUGAGGCCAGAGUAGUAUUUAGCAAUAAAGACUUCAUAGAAGCUCCGACCUCAUAAGGACUUGAAGCAAUAAUGAGACUGAACAGAUUCUCUUGAAAGGAAGGAAGGAUGAUGAAGAGGAGCCUAAUGGACAGCAGAUGGGAAGGGCAUUCAAUCCUGAAACUGUGUGUGUGUGUGGUUGUGUGUGUCUGUGUCUGUGUGUGAGAGAGUGUAUGAUGAAGUCUUAAAGGAAGAGUUCAACAUUUUGGGAGAUGCAUGUUUUCACUUUUUGCCAAGAGUGAGAUGGGAAGACUGAUAUCACUCUAACGUCUGUGCUCUAAAUAUGAAGCUACAGCCAGCUGUUGGUUAGCUUAGCUUAGCUUAGCAUAAAGACUGGAAAUAAGGGGAAACAGCCAGUCUGGCUCUGUCCAAAGGUAACAAAAGCCUCAUACCAGCACCUCUAAGGGUGCUUUCUCAUCUGCCCUGUUUGAUUCAGUACAGACGAACUCAAGUUAGUUUGCCCCCUAAGUGCAAUUUGUUUGGGCAGGUGUGAACACAGCAACGACCGGCCCAAGACCUUCUUGGAAAUGUGAUCUCUCUCUACUGCACGGCUGUAAAGUUUCUUGGAGGCAUGGUUGCGUGGUUGUGACGUUAUCGCAGUGACAAUAUUUUUGACAGACAGACGUAUGAACACCUGAAAAAGUACUCACAAAGGUUUCUGUGGUAGUUCCCACUACAAUAGGUGUCUCCAGGACUAAACUUCUUCAUGAUGACUCACAAAGUGAAAACAAUACCUGCCAAUGUUGUUGCAGCAGGUAACAACGUUAUCGUAGCUGGAAACAACUCUGUUGCUGCUGCUAAACAUGACAAGUUGGGGUUUUUCUAGUCUCGCCACCAGACAAUCAGAGAUCUCCGCCUUCUGAUAGUCUGGGGACACUCCU